AUGGACGACUCCGUUGAUAUCUACUUGACCAGCGUGUGGAAGUACGAGGAUGCUGGAGUCGAGCGUGUUCUCGCGGAAUUGCGAAAACAGACCCCUCAAGGCCAAUUCGAAUUCGAGCCAGAAGCUGGGUGGUUCAAGGCAACCUGUCCAGCCAGCAAAGUAGCUGACGUGCAAGCUCAUUUUCGCACAAUCCAUACAGAGAUCGAAAGAGAUUUACAAACCCAGGAUGGGGCCAAGGUAAUUGCUUCUCUCCUCCAGACCCUCGUGGUCCACGCGCUAUCCUUACUUACCUCCAUCAUCUACGUUCAGAUACCUCUUGACAGCAAAUGGUUGAAGGUGCCGAGUCCCGGAGAGUUGCCUGCCCAAUCCAACACGGAGAAAAAAGCUAUCAUAGACUACCAGUGUCCCGUACGAUUCGACAACUAUAACUACACUCAAGUGUGGAAGCGCGUGAAGGAAGAAACACCAGACGCAAUCACGAUUCAUACGUUUCUCAGCGCACAAGACAUGGCAACCAUCUCAGAGUCAUCGGGCGUAUUCAUCCAGUGCGAUUCUACUGACCGGCUGGCGUACCUCGGAGGUCCAUCUAAGCAGAGUCUGAGCCAAGCGAGCACGAUGCUUGAUAACAUGUUCCGCCGAUAUGCACAUACCAUGCCGCCCCCCAAGCACCUGUUGCAUGCCGAAACAGAAGGAAUACAUCACGUUGAUGUGAGGUACAUGGCCCAUGUCAACGAAGCCAUGCUUACAUCGACUAUACUGGAUCCCGGGCAUUUUCCCGGCAACAAGAUGAAUACCAUGUUUGAAGCCAUCUUCUCCAAGGCUGUCUGUCUUCGAAUCUGUAUAUUCGAUCCCUUCAAACGAACCGAGGUCUCCUUCUUUGGCCCAAGGGUGAAGCCGCUCUUCCAUGACCAGGCACACAAGUCGCCGAGCUGGCUCAAAGAUGAGGAGUAUGCACCGAAAGCUCUGGGCGUGACGGCCCCAAGCGAAUUGCCAUCCACCAAUGAGCCUGACAAGUCUCAGACACCACCCAAGGACUCUGAAGCGAACGGGUGGGAAAAACAGCUCGACCUUCUCUCAUUGGAGAGCAAAGACUUGGAAAAGAUGGCCGAGGCAACCAAUGGCCGUCCGGCAUUGAAGCCUGCAUCUCUGGCGCCACCGCCAGAGAACGGGAAAUACGGCUAUCAGAUGCGACUGCUAUGGGAAUUCGUCAACAACCCAGUUCCUGGGCCUAAAACUGAUGCUUCCAAGUCCAGUAAACUCAUCACCACGCUGGACGACGACAACAGAGAAAACACACUCAUAGAUAUAGGCACAGACGAAACAACGCCGUCGGUGGCCAAAUCAGUUGAAGAUGGGUCAAGACAGGGAGACCAACCGCUCAUCGACCUUCCCGUACAGGCCCUUUCUGUCGGCAAAUCCAGCAGCGGCUUUUCCUCCACUCUUUCGAGAAAGCUCUGUCGCCAAAUCAAGUUAUUGACAGCAGACCUCCCUUAUUGCAGAGGCCGCGUACAGAUGCACGCGGCGCUGGGCCGCAUCUACAUGAUGGAUGCCAACCCGAGUGGACUUGCCACAAAUGGCCCUGGCGAGCGAGCGUCUGGAUGGGCCCCUACGGACAUUGUGACCCGACUGGAUACGGUAUGCGUGUCCCCCGGGAGCGUCAUGUUUACCAAGGCACUAUCGAUCUUUGCAAACGAUAUCGAAAAUGUCGUUGGGACCGGAACAUCGAAUCCGCUGUGGACUUUCAAAGAGAAGCGCGUGAUUUACGAGUUUAAGUGCCAGCGAUUUUCCUUCACGAGCGAUGGGGUGCCGAGAGCACAUAACCCUUUUGUUGUCGAGAUCGAUGGCACUCGGCCGGGUGCAUUCACUUACAACAUGCGCCGCCUCGAAGAUGCGCGCCCGCCAAUAUGGGUGCACUGCAUCCGGCGGCACUGGGAUGUCCGAAUCGCGGUUAUGUACAGCCCGACAGAAAAGCUAGAGAAAAUGUACGGCGACUUUGCGCAGGGGCUUCUGCGGUCGAUGGUAGUUCCGCCAGGACCCAUUGGGCCCGGGACAGGGCCUCGGUUCCAGGUCGGUUACGAUUACCGGGAGAUGUCAGCUACAACGGGGCCUCGGUUCUGCACCAAGAUUUUGAACGCGCGCGUUCGCCACGUGGGACGCCAUGUCAGCAGGGAUGGAGAAAGCUUCUUGGACGUGUCGUGGAACCGGCACAUGAAGCUCGAGACAAAGCCAGACAACAGCGACAGCCGGAUGGGAAUUCUGCGGGCAACGGCAGCAGCAGAUGACCCGGUACAUGGCGUGUUUGGAUCAUGGUACGAAGCCAGCGUGCUCUCGGUACGGGCGGAGGAAGCAUUCCGGGAAAACGAGACACUGGGGGUGGGUGGGGCGGCAGCGUGGACCAGCUCGGCGAUGCAGGAGAGCAUGUCCAGAGCCAUGUUUGAGCCGGCACUGGAUCUUGUCGAAAAGAUGGACGGUGUGGGCGUGCUCAUUGACAACGGACAGGGCGACACGAUGUGGACGCCACCGGCCAAUCAGAUGAACAUGGCUCUGGUGCCGGCUUCGGGGCGGUUCUGGUGA